CUGAAAAAGGCUCAGAACUUAGUCAUCAGGAGUUUGCAACAUGAGGCUUUUGCAGAGGAGUUAAAACAUAUAAAGAGGGACGCCCCUAUCCCUAAAAACAGUCCUCUCAUCAAACUCUGCCCCUACAUUGAUGCUUCUGGCCUCCUUCGCAUUGGAGGGCACCUUCCUCAAGCAAACCUGGAGGAAAACGAAACCAACACUUUGAUUCUUCCUGGGCAUAGCCACGUCACAACACUAAUAAUUCGACAUCACCACGAACUAGUCCAGCAUCAAGGUCAGCAUUUUACAGAGGGAGCCGUGAGGUCUGCAGGUUUCUGGGUUAUGGGCGGAAAACGUCACAUUAGACGCGUAAUCUACCAGUGCGUCACCUGCCAGAAGCUACGUGGACAAAGAAACAUUCAAAAAAUGUCAGAUCUACCUAUAGACCGCUUGAAUACUGACCCUCCGUUCUCCUACGUAGGUUUGGAUGUAUUCGGACCAUGGACUGUAACAGCGCACCGCACCGCACCAGAGGGGGGUUGGCUCAUAGUAAACGCUGGGCAGUGCUAUUCACGUGCAUGAGCACCAGGGCGAUCCAUAUUGAGGUGAUAGAGUCAAUGGAUUCAUCCAGUUUCAUUAACGCACUCCGGCGCUUCUUUGCCAUCCACGGACCAGCUAAGCAACUACGGUCAGACUGUGGCACUAAUUUCGUUGGUGCAUGCAAGGAGUUAAAGUUCGACUCUACAAACCGUGACUCAAAGCUCCACAAAUACCUGAAUGCUGCGGGAUGCACAUGGGUUUUCAAUCCACCCCAUUCAUCUCACAUGGGUGGAAGCUGGGAGCGCAUGAUUGGAAUUGCGAGACGCAUACUGGACGCUAUGCUGCCAAAGGUCCCGGCAUCAAAACUUACCCACGAGGUCUUAACCACCUUCAUGGCGGAGGUUUCAGCCAUCGUGAACGCUCGACCCCUAGUUCCUGUUUCCUCUGACCCUGAAAACCCUCAAAUCUUAACACCUGCAACGCUGCUUACGCAAAAAAUUGGUGUUCUUCUACCACCUCCUGGGGAAUAUGACGACAAGGACUUGUAUGGUCGUCAAUGGAAGAGAGUCCAAAGUCUCGCUAACGCUUUUCGGCAACGCUGGAGAAAGGAAUAUCUCACUACCUUGCAAAGCUGUAAAAAGUGGCAACGUGAAGUCCCUAAUCUGCAAGAGGGAGAUGUUGUUUUAUUGAAAGAUAGCCAAGCCAGAAGAAAUGACUGGCCUAUGGGAGUUAUAACAAAAACUGUCCCAAGUAAAGAUGGGAAGGUGAGGAAGGUAGAGGUCAAGAUUACAAAGGGAGGUUCACCUAAAGUCCUCUCACGCCCAAUCACAGAGACUGUUCUGCUCCUUUCCCCAGAGACUAUAUGACCGCCAGGUUCGAGAUGGCAUGUAAGAUGCCAGGCGGGGAGUGUUAUGGUUCGAGUUUGUUGUGCGAUUAACAGGACACUUGCAGCUUUAAGCGGCAUUUUGUUUACGACGUUGCCGUAGCGAUUAACUUUGACCUGGCGCGAGUUGCAAGGUUGUUAUGUUCGGCUGAAAAGCGUGCAUGGGGUAACAUCAGUAGCAUUAUAAAACACAUAAAGUUCAUAGUUUUUGCAGUUCGUGAGGGAAGCAUCGUCUGUAAGUACUGAACUUUAUAUCGCCUGUUGUUUGUGAUUAUUUAGCGAACUCUAUACUGUUUUUAGAAAACGAAAGUAACUUCAUACGGGCGUUAUUUCAGCGAUUCGUUUGUAGCAUGAAUGCUAACUUGUUAGCGCAAUUUUACGCACACGUUAAACUUAAUGUUUACAUUGUGUAAUACUUGUCAAAGGCUCUGUGCAUGUGAUGUAUUGAGUUCUCAUCGUCUCUAUUGUUUGUAUUUGCAUUUCAGUUUUACUCCACUCUAAUAAACACAGCGCAAGUUGGAACGUUAAUAAA